CUUUAAGAACUGUGACACUCACCGCUAGGGGCCGUGGCUUCAUUCUUGCAGUCAGUGAGACCAAGAACCCACCAAUUCCGGACACAGUAAGACUGGGGCAAGAGGUGGAAGAGAUUUGCAAGAUUCAGUUGGUUUUAAAAACAUUCUACAAAGGAUAGGAUGCAGCUUAGCCUGAUGUGGUAUAUCAGACCUCAGUAAAGAAUAAAUUGUAUUCUUAUCAGACAGGCAGCAGAAUUCAUUAAGUACCAGCUGUGUCUGCCUCCUGCUUAAUUAGACACCAAUGUGUGUGGUGACUAAACUAAGAGUUUGAAAUGCCUUCAAAUUAUUUUUCUUCCUUUGCAAUUUUAUGACUUAUUCGGGAAUCAUAAUUUCCACUUAAGUUACCUUCGUCCUUCAUAAAAUCUGAUUAAACUGACUUGAACUUCAGCAUGAAAGUUUCAAGAACUAUGAUUGUUAUUAUUUUCGUGAGAAAGAACAAUGAAUAUGAUGCAAUCUAAUUGUUGUAGAUCAUCACUUCAAGGUGCCCGUGUCUUUCUAGUGUAAAAAUUAUUCUGGCCUCCGCUGCAUACAAAUCAGGCAACAAGAAUUCUACAAAUAUAAGGCAAAGUAACAUCCUAGACAUGGCUUUAGAGAUCCACAUGUCAGACCCCAUGUGCCUCAUCGAGAACUUUAAUGAGCAGCUGAAGGUUAAUCAGGAAGCUUUGGAGAUCCUGUCUGCCAUUACGCAACCUGUAGUUGUGGUAGCGAUUGUGGGCCUCUAUCGCACUGGCAAAUCCUACCUGAUGAACAAGCUGGCUGGGAAGAACAAGGGCUUCUCUGUUGCAUGUACCGUGCAGUCUCAAACCAAGGGAAUUUGGAUAUGGUGUGUGCCUCAUCCCAACUGGCCAAAUCACACAUUAGUUCUGCUUGACACUGAGGGCCUGGGAGAUGUCGAGAAGGCUGACAACAAGAAUGAUAUCCAGAUCUUUGCACUGGCACUCUUACUGAGCAGCACCUUUGUGUAUAAUACUGUGAACAAAAUUGAUCAGGGUGCUAUCGACCUACUGCACAAUGUGACAGAACUGACAGAUCUGCUCAAGGCAAGAAACUCAGCCAACCUUGACAGGGUUGAAGAUCCUGCUGACUCUGCGAGCUUCUUUCCAGACUUAGUGUGGACUCUGAGAGAUUUCUGCUUAGGCCUGGAAAUAGAUGGGCAACUUGUCACACCAGAUGAAUACCUGGAGAAUUCCCUGAGGCCAAAGCAAGGUAGUGAUCAAAGAGUUCGAAAUUUCAAUUUGCCCCGUCUGUGUAUACAGAAGUUCUUUCCAAAAAAGAAAUGCUUUAUCUUUGACUUACCUGCUCACCAAAAAAAGCUUGCCCAACUUGAAACACUGCCUGAUGAUGAGCUAGAGCCUGAAUUUGUGCAACAAGUGACAGAAUUCUGUUCCUACAUCUUUAGCCAUUCUAUGACCAAGACUCUUCCAGGUGGCAUCAUGGUCAACGGAUCUCGUCUAAAGAACCUGGUGCUGACCUAUGUCGAUACCAUCAGCAGUGGGGAUCUGCCUUGCAUAGAGAAUGCAGUCCUGGCCUUGGCUCAGAGAGAGAACUCAGCUGCAGUGCAAAAGGCCAUUGCUCACUAUGACCAGCAAAUGGGCCAGAAAGUGCAGCUGCCCAUGGAAACCCUCCAGGAGCUGCUGGACCUGCACAAGACCAGUGAGAGGGAGGCCAUUGAAAUCUUCAUGAAAAACUCUUUCAAGGAUGUAGACCAAAGUUUCCAGAAAGAAUUGGAGACUCUACUAGAUGCAAAACAGAAUGACAUUUGUAAACGGAACUCAGAAGCAUCCUCAGAUCAUUGCUUGGCUUUACUUAAGGAUAUUUUUGGUCCUCUAGAAGAAGCAGUGAAGCAGGGAAUUUAUUCUAAGCCAGGAGGCCAUAAUCUCUUCAUUCAGAAAACAGAAGAACUGAAGGCAAAGUACUAUCAGGAGCCUCGGAAAGGAAUACAGGCUGAAGAAGUUCUACAGAAAUAUUUAAAGUCCAAGGAGUCUGUGAGUCAUGCAAUACUACAGACUGACCAGGCUCUCACAGAGAAGGAAAAAAAGAAGAAAGAGGCACAAGUGAAAGCAGAAGCUGCAAAGGCUGAAGCGCAAAGGUUGGAGGCGAUUCAAAGGCAGAACCAGCAAAUGAUGCAGGAGAGGGAGAGACUCCAUCAGGAACAAGUGAGACAAAUGGAGAUAGCCAAACAAAAUUGGCUGGCAGAGCAACAGAAAAUGCAGGAACAACGGAUGCAGGAAGAGGCUGCACGGCUCAGCACAACAUUCCAAGCUCAAAACAGAAGCCUUCUCAAUGAGCUCCAGCAUGCCCAGAGGACUGUUAAUAACAAUGAUCCAUGUGUUUUACUCUAAAGUGCUAAAUAUGGGAGUUUCCUUUUUUACUCUUUGUCACUGAUGACACAACAGAACAAGAAACUGUAGAACUUGGGACAAUCAACAUUUAAAUAAAUUUUAUAAUUAUUUUUUCAAACUUUCAUAUAGAGUUAUAAGAUUAUGAUGCUGGUAUCUGGUAAAAUGUACAUCCCAGUAGUCCAAUAGUUUGAAUGAUUAUUGCUUCCUUUAAGAGACUAUAAAUUGUAUAAGGGACAUUGUAUCACUGCCUUCAUUUAUGCGUGAUAUUGGGAUGGUUUCAUCAGGAGAUGCUUUCCCUUGCAUCUCAAUGCCAUCUGUCUAAUUUCUCAUAAGGGGAUUAUGUUACCUAGAGCAGGACUUCCCAACCCUCAGGCCACAGACUAGCUCUGGUCUGUGGCCUUUUAGGAACCUGGCCACACAGCAGGAGGUGAGCAGCAGGUAAGUGAGCAUUACAGCCUGAGCUCCACCUCCUGUCAGAUCAGCAGUGACAUUAGAUUCUCAUAGGAGUGGGAACCCUAUUGUGAACUGUGCAUGCAAAAGAUCCAGGUUGUGUGAUCCUUGUGGAACAAUAUAAACCAGAAACCAAUAAUGCCACCCCACCUCCAACCCCCGCCAACCCUCUGUGGAUAAAUUAUCUUCCACGAAACUGGUCCCUGAUGCCAAAUAGGUUGGGGGACCGCUGACCUAGAGGGAGUUAUGCACAUGGGCUUGUAAGAUUAGCUGAGAGAAAGGACAAGAAGACCCAAACUCUGGCAAGCAAAUUUAUUAACCUGCCGGGCUGCUCCACAGAAAUCAGAGGAGGCAGCCGCUGGGCUUACAGGCUAAGGGGUAUAAGUAGGUCUGCAGGGGUUUUGUGUGUGUGUGCGGGGGUGUCGGUGGGGCAAGGCCAUUUUGGGGACUUUUCCUCCCAGUACGGCCACAUCCUGCAGUUUGUCAGUUUUUGCCCCCACCUGGCUCAGGGUACCAGGAUGUGGUUUAGCUUAGGGGUGGUUAUAGCGGCACCUAAGUUCUGGGAACUUGGGGUGGGGGCGACCUUUUGGAAGAAAAAUAAGCUGCAGGGCAUCUAGGGGAGGGGGCUUGUUAUAUUCCUCUGGGGGCAGGGUGUCCCUAACUGGGCUCAGUCGGAAGGAAUUUGACCAAAGUCUUGGCUCAGUUGGGCAUCACCCAGGCCAAUGGUCGUGUGCUGGAUGCCAUCAGAGGGAAGUACCAAUGGUAAAGUGGAAACAAUGUGCAGCUUUCAGCUGGGUGGAGGCUGCUAUUCUAUGGACAGUGAGAUGAUUCCUUGGCACUGUCAAUAGACAAUCUGCAUAGAGAAAUUCCAAGCUGAAAGCCAAUCAUGUUAUAAUAAAAUAGAGAUUCUUCAGAAGAUGAAAGGAAUUACCAGCAUGGAAAUUGUAUCACAGGCUUAAGGGCUAAAGAAGAAGCCUUUUCUUUUCUGUUCACCCUCACCAAGAGCACAACUCAAAUAGGGCAUUUUAUAACCUGAAACAAUUUAUAUUAGACUUAAUUAUUAUGUGUAAUGUGUUUAUAAUCCUUUAGAUCUUAUAAAUAUGUGGUAUAAGGAAUGCCAUAUAAUGUGCCAAAAAUCUGAGUGCCUUUAAUUUAAUGCUUAUAAUGCUAAAAAAUGAUCUUAAUUCUUUGCAAUUAUAUAUGAAAAAUGACUGAUUUUUCUUAAAAUAUGUAACUUAUAUAAAUAUAUUUGUACAGAUUUUAACCAUAAAAACAUUUUUGGAAAACCAUAAA